ACUGUGGGCCGACGGGGGCCGGCCCGGGCUGUGGUGGCCCGGACGAGCGGAGGGGGCGGAGCGGCGGCUGGGCCAGCGCGGGCGGACCUUGGCCUCUGCUGUCAGCGUCGCCCGGUCUCCUAGCGUAGGACCUGUCCCCGCCGGUCGCGCUCGGGGCCCCGUGGGCGCUGCUCCGUCCCCGCCGCCGUCUGCAGCGAGACGGCUGGGUGGAGCGCGCGUGCGCCCUGGGGCUCGGUGGCCCUCUCCCGGGCUGCCAGAACGCUGACGUCAGUCUCCUCAACUCCAGGACCUCGAUGGAGAAGUUUGGGAUGAAUUUCGGAGGUGGCCCGAGCAAGAAGGACCUGCUGGAGACCAUCGAGACGCAGAAGAAGCAGCUUCUGCAGUAUCAAGCACGGCUCAAAGAUGUGGUCCGUGCCUAUAAAAGCCUGCUGAAGGAGAAGGAGGCUCUGGAGGCCAGCAUCAAGGUGCUGUCGGUAUCCCACGAGGCGGAUGUGGGCCUUGCAGGUGUCCAGUCUCCAGGUCUCACCUUGCCCGAUUCUGUAGAUGAUCGGUGCUCUACUCACAGCGAGGAUAGCACCGGGACCGCCACUAGCUUGGACACAGCAGCCAGUCUCACCAGCAUCAAGGGUGAGUUUGGGGUAGACGAUGACAGACCGGCCCGUGGACCACCACCCCCAAAGUCCGAAGAGGCCAGUGGGUCGGAGAGUGGCGUUAGCAGUAGCAGUGGGGAUGGGCCAUCUGUGGGUGGUGAGGUGGAUAAAAGACUACAUCAGCUAAAGACGCAGUUAGCAACUUUGACCAGCUCUUUGGCUACAGUCACCCAGGAGAAGUCCCGUAUGGAGGCUUCUUACUUGGCUGACAAGAAGAAAAUGAAACAGGACUUAGAGGAUGCCAAUAAAAAGGCUGAGGAAGAGAGGGGACGUCUGGAGGGAGAAUUGAAGGGGUUGCAGGAACAGAUAGCAGAAACCAAAGCCCGACUUAUUACGCAGCAGCACGAUCGGGCCCAAGAGCAGAGUGACCAUGCCUUGAUGUUGCGUGAACUCCAAAAGCUGCUGCAGGAGGAGAGGACCCAGCGUCAGGACCUGGAGCUUCGGUUAGAAGAGACUCGGGAAGCCCUGGCAGGGCGGGCGUAUGCAGCAGAUCAGAUGGAAGGGUUUGAACUACAGACCAAGCAGCUGACCCUUGAGGUGGAGGAGCUGAAAGGUGAACUCCAGACCAUUCGAGAUGAGAAAAAUCGACCAGACCCCCGACUGCAAGAACUUCAGGAAGAGGCUGCCCGCCUUAAGAGCCAUUUCCAGGCUCAGCUGCAACAGGAAAUAAGGAAGACAGCCUUUGCAGAGGAUCAGCUCCGCCAGCAAUGUCAGGUGGAAGAACAAAGGGUAGCAGCCCUAGAGAAUCAAAUAUCUGAGGUAUCUGAACUGCUGGGCACUUAUGAGAAAGCCAAGCAGAAGGACCAGCUGACCAUCCAAAAGCUGAAGGAGCGCAUUCUGCAGCUGGACCUGGAGAACAAGACACUGGCCCUUGCAGCCUCCAGCCGGUCUCCUCUUGAUAGCCACGGAGAUGAGUCCAGUCUGGAUGUCAAUGUCCUGAAAGACAAGAUGGAAAAGCUAAAGAGGCUGUUGCAGGUCGCAGCCAGGAAAACUCAGGUGACUCUGGAUGUGGAGAAGCUCUGUGACCUGGAGAUAAUGCCCAGCUCCGAAGCUGCAGAUGGGGAAAAGGCUACUGCCCUCUACUACCAACAGGAACUAAAACAGUUGAAGGAAGAGUUUGAGCGCUACAAGCUGAGGGCACAGGUGGUGCUCAAAAGCAAGAAUACCAAAGAUGGGAAUCUGGCGAAGGAACUGGAGGCUACACAGGAGCAGCUUUCAGAGCUGAAGGAGAAGUACAUCUCUCUGCGCCUGUCCUGUGAGGAGCUCGAGCACCAGCACCAGCAGGAGGCUGAGGACUGGAAGCAGGAGCUGGCUCGCUUGCAACAGCAGCAUCGCCAGGAACUGGAGCGCAGUCAGUUGGACUUCAGGGACCGGACGCUGAAACUGGAGGAGGAGCUACACAAGCAGCGGGACCGGGCCCUAGCUGUGCUGGCUGAGAAGGACUUGGAGCUGGAGCAACUGCGUUCUGUGGCCUUGUCAUCUGGGCUGCCAGGACGUAGAAGUCCUGUGGGUGGUGGAGGUCCUGGGGACUCAACUGACACAUCUUCCCCAGAUAGCCUGACCCAAGCACUGCAGCUUGCUGCGGCCAAUGAGCCUACUUUCUUCCUGUAUGCUGAGCAGUUGGCCCGCAAGGAGGUGGAGAUCACAUCCCUGAGGAAGCAGAAACACAGACUGGAAGUGGAGGCACAUCAGCUGCAGGAACGGCUGCUGGAGGAGGAGGAACGACACAGGGAAGAAGUUGGAGUCCUGCAGAGCCACAUCGAAAAGAACAUCCGGGACCAGAGCAGAGAGGGAGCCAACCUGGAGUAUCUCAAGAACAUCAUCUAUCGCUUCCUGACCUUGCCUGACAGCCUGGGCCGCCAGCAGACUCUCACAGCCAUACUGACAAUUUUGCAUUUCAGUCCAGAGGAGAAACAAGUGAUUAUGCGGCUCCCAAGUGGUGGUAGCUGGUGGCCUUCUGGAAAGAGAUGAUACAUUCUUCACUAACUCCUGACAUUUCUGUGCCUCUUUUAUGGGAAGGGCAGUCUCUGAUUUCUAUUGCCUCUUCUCUUAUAUUAUCAUUUAUAACUUUCACUGUGUUGAACUUGGGAGGGUUCAAAAUGGGAAGGGAUUUUUCUGCCAAAUGCCAUUAAUGCUGCUGUAUCCUUGGGUGCUAGAGGUACUAGAAGUGUUGCGCCAGCAUCUUCUGGUGGUGUGUCCAAGGACGGGUGGGAAUAAGGGAGAGAGAUUAAUUAGGAUGGAGAGGUGCAAAUAUUGAAGUGGUGAAGAAUCUUUUAAAAUAAGAUGGUUUGUUGUCAUGUACUCCUGGUACAGCGAGGAAUGUAACGCCUCACUGUAAGGAGUUCAGUUAACUGUUGAACGUGCAGCACAAUCAGCGAUUUUCUCCAUCUCAUCGGUCUGAGUCCGCUGCUCCAAUUCUCAAGGACUUAUAGCCAUGCUAGGAAGGGACCAGGAAGUUAGAGAUAGUCACGUGUUGCCCAAAGGCCCCAAGAAUAGUGAGUUCAUCCUGGAGCUGAGAGCUUGGUCUUGUUUAGUCUGGGAGGACCCAAGCCAUUUUGAUAGCACAUACUGACUGUCUUAGAGACGGCUCUGAGCACCAUUUUGAUGUCAGGGAUUUCCUAAAUGACCUACUUUGAGCUAGGUUAAAAUCAGCCUUUUUGGCUGGUCUCUGUCCUAACCUCCUGCCCGACAUUGGCCUGAGACUGAGAGACUUCAUUAUCAUCCCCUCAGUGUUGAACAUGCAUUAAGGAAAGAAAGCUUAGCUUCUUACAGAGAGAUUGUCAGACAGCUCUGAUCCUCCUUGGAAAUUAGGAAUUUCCACAGAUUUGCGACAGGAAAGAGAUGGAAAUUUGCUGCAGAAGAUUCCAAAUGGUCAUGACUCUUACAGGAAAGUGGUGGGCGCUCAGCUGGAGCUGGGCUGGGAUACUUGCUCCCAGUGGGUCUUAUCAUAAGUAGAUUAAUUCUGCUCUUUAAGGAAAGGUGGCUUUUGGAAAAUUUGGGUCCAAACAGUAUCUAUUGAUCUGUUUUCUUCCCUCUGACCUUGUUGAUUAUAAAGAUUUUUGCACCUGAAAGACCACUAAAUGAGCUGAUUUAUAUCUUUCUGGGAUUUUGUUUAAUUGGUCUGUUUCAUGAAAGUUGGGAUACAGAAGACUCUUACAGUGUUCUGAAGGGAAAGCUAGAUGACCUGGAUUAUCUGCAAUGAGCAGACAUAAUGGAACAAAAUUGAGGUGUUUAAAUGAUAUCAACAAACCAUGGAAUCAUUAAACCUGAGUAACUUGA